AAUGACUCCUGAUGUAACCUCAGCAUGAAAAGGAACAACUUCUUUGUGAAAACAGAGCAGAGUUGUGUUAGAGUAAAGCAAACGUCUGCCUGUUUUAUCUCCAUCCCCGUCUUGUAAACAUGAGGCCUCCUGAGUCUUUCUACUGGUCCUUCUCGCUGUGCCUGGGUCUGGGCCUGCUCUGCGUGCUGUUUGUCAGCUGCUGGAGCGGCGUGUGGCAAGGCGGCUUCGCCUGGGAUGGAUCGGACCUGCAGUUUAACUGGCACCCCGUCUUCAUGGUGUCGGGUCUGGUGGUUCUGUACGGCAUCUCGGCUGUGGUGUAUCGUGUGCCGUCCACCUGGGGUCAGCGGAAGUCUACCUGGAAGCUGGUGCACGGCGGCCUGAUGCUGCUGGCUCUGCUCCUGUCUGUCCUGGGCUUGUAUGCCGUCUUUGACUUCCACCGGGCUGCCAGCAUCCCUCACUUGUACUCUCUGCACAGCUGGGUGGGCCUCUGCACUGUGGGGUUGUUUGCGUUUCAGUGGGUCCUCGGCUUGGCCGGUUUCCUGCUGCCAUGUUCUCCUCUGUGGUUUCGCAGCAGACUCAAACCUGUCCACAUCUGGCUGGGGACCAUGGUUUUAAUCCUCAGCCUGACCUCCUGUAUUAGUGGAAUUAAUGAAAAACUGAUCUUUUCACUGGAUGGAAGCACCAAAGAAUCCUAUAAUUCUCUGCCUUUGGAAGCAAAGUUUGCUAAUUUUUUGGGCAUCCUGAUUGUGGUUUUUGGGAUGGUUCUCCUGAGAAUCUUGUCCAAGGAAGAAUGGCGGCGACCAGAAACUGAUGAAAGUGCUUAUCCUCUACUGGACGGACACAGAAGCUGAGACCGUAGAAGGUUUUGUUUUUUUAAGGAGGACAUUUUGUUCUCAUUUCAUUGUUUGCAAAUGAAUGAAUAAAAAAAUUUCCUGCAAUUUUAUAUUUUUUGACUAAUUUUAUUAGGUUAUGUCAAGUUCUUACUAAGGGUAAUGUGAGUCAACUUUGAAACUUAUGUGAAAUAAUAUUUGGUGAGAUCUUUAAACUGAAUCUGCAUUGAGGCGACCGAGGGAAGAAAACUUCUAACAAGUGGAAACCAACAGCACAACCAAACUAUUAAAGUCCCACUUCAAUCAUCUUUUGAUAUAUUUUCAAUGCAUUCCCAGUGGUCUUUUUAUAAUAAAUAUGCUGUUUUUUGCCAAAGUGAAAAAAUCGGUGUCAUUUUCCAGGACAUAAUUUUUGGAGAGCGGUAGGAGUUUUGCCCCUACCCCUCCUAAUGAGAGCUCUUUUUUUUAAACUUUUUUUUAACGUGGUUUCCAGCUAGCUUGACCCUUGUGCUAUCUUAGAUGACCCCACCCUUGC